AUGAAUCACUUUCCAUCGCAGUGGGGAAAACCCCGUCAAGAGAAUGUUGACGAAUACAACACCGUUCCACUUUAUAACAAUAUGCCACAAAGCCAUGCUGCCGCUGGCCCAAUGACUAGAACUCAACAGCCUGUCGUUACCGGAACGUCUGUUAUUGCUCUCAAAUACAAGGAUGGUAUCAUGAUGGCUGCUGAUAACUUGGCAUCAUAUGGUUCGCUCGCCCGUUUCCGAGACAUUGAACGAUUGCACCCAGUUGGCGAGCACACCAUUAUUGGUGCAUCAGGCGAUAUUUCAGAUUACCAGUACAUCCAGCACAUGCUUCAAAAUGUCAUGAUUGAUCAGCAUUGCGAGGAUGAUGGACAUACCCUCGGUACCCCGCAUAUCUACGAAUACUUAUUCCGAGUCAUGUAUAACCGACGAUCCAAAUUCAACCCACUGUGGAAUGCGCUUGUUGUUGGUGGUGUUCACAAAGGAGAACGAUUCCUUGGCUACGUUGAUUUGAAAGGAACUACAUACCAGAACUCUACAAUUGCCACCGGUUUCGGAGGUCAUCUUGCACAGCCUAUCCUGAGAAAAGCAGUUGAAGGAAGAGAGGACACGUUGACUGAAGAAGAGGCUAUCAAGAUCAUCGAUGACUGUAUGAGAGUUUUGUUCUACAGAGACGCACGGUCAAUUAACAAGCUGCAAAGAGCGAAAAUCACAGCAGAAGGUUUCGAAAUUACUGAGCCAUACAGUGUUGAAACGGAGUGGUCAUUUGCCGAAUCGAUCAGGGGCUAUGGUGCGUAG